UCAAUGCAAAAACCUUUUUCCUCUAUAUAUUCUACCCACCUUCAUCACUCCACCUUACACAACUACCCUCUUCAAUUCAACAAAUCAUGAAUGAACCAAAAUAUGCUUAUCCUUACCCUGCUCAAGGAGGAGGCUAUUAUCAAGGACCUCCGGUGAUGGCGCCGCCGCAAUACGCCGCACCUCCUCCUCCCCGACGAGAACCUGGUUUUCUUGAAGGCUGUCUAGCGGCUUUGUGUUGCUGUUGUCUUCUUGAUGAGUGUUGCUGUGAUCCAACUAUCAUCUUCUUCUGAUCGCUUUACUUGUUGCCAUGAAUAGAAGAAAAAUAUGAAUUUUAUGUUUUUUUUUUUUAGAUUUUGAUUUUAAUGUAUUUAUUUACUUAUUUAUGGUGUUCUAAGUGCUAACAAAUCCAUGUACUACCACUUUCUGUUUGUGUCAAUAAAUUAAAAAUUUGUAAUGUUGAAUUGAAUUAUUAUUCAUAGUUUUUAAAC